AUGGAAUCAAUUACUAUGUUGGGAAGUCCUAAAAACUUAAAUGAAACUUUCUUGCCAAAUGGUGUAAAUGGUAUCAAGGACGACAGUAAGAUUACAGUUGGCAUCAUUGGAACAGGGGACUUUGCUAAAUCCCUGACAAUCAGGCUUAUCAGGUGUGGGUACCAUGUGGUUGUAGGAAGCAGAAACCCCAAGUUUGCUGCUGAGUUCUUCCCACAUGUUGUUGAUGUCACUCACCAUGAAGAUGCUGUAGCAAAAGCAAAUUUAAUCUUUGUCGCCAUACACAGAGAACACUACAGCUCUUUGUGGGACCUCAAACAUCUGCUAGUUGGUAAAAUUCUCAUAGAUGUUAGCAACAACAUGAGAGCCAACCAGUAUCCAGAAUCCAAUGCCGAAUACCUGCAGUCGCUUUUCCCAGAUUCUGUUGUUGUCAAAGGAUUCAACGUUAUUUCAGCCUGGGCACUGCAGUUAGGACCAAAAGAUGCCAGCAGACAGGUCUACGUAUGUAGUAACAGUGUUCAGGCUCGCCAUCAAGUUAUUGAACUUGCUCGUCAGCUCAACUUUAUCCCCUUUGAUUCGGGUGCUCUGUCGUCUGCAAAGGAGAUUGAAAAUUUACCCCUGCGCCUCUUCACGCUGUGGAAAGGACCAGUAGUCGUGGCCAUUAGUCUGGCGACUUUCUUCUUCAUCUAUUCGUUCAUUAGAGAUGUCAUACAUCCAUAUGUGAGGAGCCAGCAGAGUGAUUUCUACAAGAUUCCUAUUGAGAUUGUGAAUAAGACAUUGCCAGUUGUUGCUAUCACUUUACUGUCUCUGGUGUAUUUAUCGGGGCUCCUAGCAGCUGCUUAUCAGCUCUAUUAUGGCACCAAAUACAAACGAUUUCCACCCUGGUUAGAGAGCUGGUUGCAAUGCAGAAAACAGCUUGGACUGCUUAGUUUUUUCUUUGCAACAGUGCACGUGGCUUACAGCCUCUGUUUGCCCAUGCGGAGGUCAGAACGCUACUUAUUCCUCAAUAUGGCGUAUCAGCAGGUCCAUGCAAAUGUUGAAAAUUCAUGGAAUGAAGAAGAAGUGUGGCGGAUUGAGAUGUAUGUGUCCUUUGGAAUAAUGAGCCUUGGUCUGCUUGCUUUGUUGGCUGUAACUUCUAUUCCUUCAGUAAACCAAUCUUUAAAUUGGAGGGAAUUCAGUUUUAUACAGUCUACACUGGGAUACGUCGCUCUGCUCAUAAGUACUUUCCACGUGUUAAUUUAUGGAUGGAAACGAGCCUUUGAAGAAGAAUACUACAGAUUUUACACACCACCAAACUUUGUUCUUGCACUGGUCUUACCGUGCAUAGUAAUUUUGGGUAAGAUAAUUUUGCUUUUGCCUUGUAUAAGCAGGAAACUGAAACGAAUAAGAAGAGGAUGGGAGAAAAGACAGUUUAUGGAUGAUGGCAGUGGAACUGUUCCAUAUCCCUCACCAGAAAGGAUUACAGUCAUGUGA